AUCCACACAGGGUGGACGUUCUAGAACGCAUGCGUAUGGGGAUUUUUCAGGGCCCUAGCGGUGGUAGGGCUCGGUGUUCACCGGAGGUAUCGGUGAGUGUUUAUCCUGCACCCUGCCGGCGGCAUGUGGAGGUUCCCCUUUGUGAGGAGCUUCCGGUAACGGAAGGGGGAGCUGCAGGCAGACUUCAGCACUGAAUAUGGGUGAAAAGAAGCCAGAAACGCUGGAUUUUGUAAAAGACUUCCAGGAAUAUCUCACUCAGCAGACACAUCACGUCAACAUGAUCUCUGGCUCUGUGAGCAGUGACAAAGAAGCUGAAGCUUUACAAGGAGGGACUCAGAACCAUGAUGCACUCUCCGCUAAUUCUCCGUGCCUUGCUCUACCGGCAGCUGGGACAGACAGCGAUCAUAAUGGGCUGGACCAUCCCUCCGUGGAGGUGUCUCUGGAUGAAAGCGCUGGGAUGCUGGUGGACGGCUUCGAGCGGACCUUUGACGGCAAACUAAAAUGUCGCUAUUGUAACUACGCCAGCAAAGGCACAGCCCGUCUGAUCGAGCAUAUCCGUAUACACACAGGUGAGAAGCCACACCGUUGCCACUUAUGCCCAUUUGCAUCUGCCUACGAGCGCCACCUAGAGGCUCACAUGCGCUCUCACACCGGGGAGAAGCCGUACAAGUGUGAGCUGUGUUCCUUCCGCUGCAGCGACCGUAGCAACCUCUCUCAUCACCGCCGGCGCAAACACAAGAUGCUGCCGAUCAAAGGCACUCGGCCAACCCUUGGCAAUAAGAAAAUGUGGGGGGUCCUUCAGAAGAAAGUCAGCAGCUUGGGGUACACCCGCCGGACCCUCAUUAAUCUCAGUCCUCCUUCCAUGGUGGUGCACAAAGCGGACUAUCUGAACGACUUCGCACACGAGAUUCCCAGCAUUCAGAGCGAGGCUUAUGAACACUUGGCUAAGGCCUCACAUUCAGGGGGGCUCUCAAGGGAAGAUCUUAUGGUGGACAACCCCUUAAACCAGCUGUCCACUUUGGCAGGGCAACUCUCUAGCCUUCCACCGGACACUCAGAAUCCUGCUUCCCCAGACACCGGGCCCUGUCCUGAUGAAAAACCCUUUAUGAUUCAUCAGCCUCCUCCUCCAGCCUGUAGCUCUGCUGUGUCUACCAGUGUAGCUCAGAGCUCCUCCCCUGCCAGCCCUGAAGGGCGUCCGACCCACAAUCACAGGAACUGUAGCCCUAUGGCGGGGCCAAGCAGUGAGCGUAGUGGGCGCACCAGCACCCCUAGUAUUAGCAACAGCCAACCCAGCACCCCUGCACCCGCCCUUCCAGUCCAGGACCCUCAGCUCCUGCACCACUGCCAGCACUGUGACAUGUACUUUGCAGACAACAUAUUGUACACAAUCCACAUGGGCUGCCACGGCUUUGAAAAUCCUUUCCAGUGCAACAUUUGUGGUUGCAAGUGCAAAAACAAGUAUGACUUUGCCUGCCAUUUUGCUCGAGGUGCCUGCUGUCAACCCGCGUCACGAUGUGCAUUUAGGAGGACCGACGAUCAUGUGCCGAAAUAACGAUAUUGUGUUGGUCUCUUCCGUCUUUGUAUUUGUACUGUUGAAGGGAGAGAGUGUUUCUGGAUGUGCUCGUGAAGACCCACAUAGGUAACCUCAUGCCGCGGACUUUAUUGUUUGAUUUAUAUCAGAUUUUCUGCACCAUAUUUUGGCCAAGAGCUGACAUAACUGUGUAUCGUUGGCUGAAGGGCGCGAGAAUGAACAAUGUGUAACGUUUAAGGUUACAAAACCAAAUUACAAUAUAUCUUUCUACUUCUUUCUCCCUACUGGGGGUUUGAAAGAGAUUUUAUCACUGUGUGUUAAUGGUUUCUCCAAAGAUUCUAACGCUCCAUAAACCCUCACGGAGUCUAAUAAAUCUGUAUUGUCUGUUCA